AUACAAUGCGCGGGAAGCGGAAGUUCCAGGUCUGAGCAGAUGACCGUAAGAUCCUGAAAUCAGGAAUCCGACUGAGGGGGAUUUACUGUCCCGGAGUAGGUUAACAGAGCGGAGCCAGGAGCCGAGUGACCGGACAUCAUGAAAACCGCGUAAGUCGGAAACUGAAAGCUUGAUCCCGGGGACCGGUCCGUGUGCAGAGCGCUGGUCGUCGGGCUGUACCGCACUAUAAUAAUCUGACCCCUUGCACCAUAAUAAUCUGACACUGUACCCCAAUCUGACCCCCUGCACCAUAAUAAUCUGACGCUGUAAUCUGACACUGACCCCCUAAUCUGACACUGUAAAUCUGACCCCCUGCACCAUAAUAAUCUGACACUGUACCCAAUCUGACCCCCCUGCACUGUGUACCCCCAAUCUGACCCCCUGCCAUCUGACACUGUACCCCCCCCCUGCACCAUAAUAAUCUGACACUGUACCCUCUGACACCAUAAUAAUCUGACACUGUACCCCAAUCUGCACCCCUGCACCAAAAUCUGCCACUGUACUGACACUGUACCCCCUGCCAUAAUCUGACACUGUACCCCAAUCUGACCCCACCCAUAAUAAUCUGACACUGUACCCCAAUCUGACCCCCUGCACCACUAAUAAUCUGACACUGUACCCCAAUUUAUAAUAAUCUGACACUCUCUGCAUUAUAAUAAUCUGACACUGUACCCCAAUCUGCCCCCUGCACCAUCAAUAAUCUGACACUGUACCCCAAUCUGACCCCCUAUGUAAUCUGACACUGUACCCCAAUCUGACCAGUCUGACACUGUACGCCCCACUAAUAAUCUGACUGUACCCCACCCACAUUGUGUACUAUCUGACUCCCCACUUUCAUAAUAAUCUUCAAACUCCCCACCUUAAUAAUCACUGUACCCCAAUCUGACUCCCCGCACUAUAAUAAUCUGACACUGUACCACAAUCUGACUCCCACUACUAUAAUAAUCUGACACUGUACCCAAUCCUGAUCCCCCUAUAAUAAUCUGACACUGUACCCCAAUCACGGCCCCAUAAUAAUCUGACACUGUACCCUAAUCUGACCUCCCUUUAUAAUAAUCUGACACUGUACCCAAUCUGAUCCCCCCUUUCAGUCAAUCCGACAUAUUGACAUAAUCCUGACUCCCCGCACCAUGUACCCCAAUCUGACUCCCCGCACCAUAAUAAUCUGACAGCACCAUAAUAAUCUGACACUGUACCCCAAUCUAACUCCCCGCACUAUAAUAAUCUGACACUGUACCCCAAUCUGACUCCCCCGCACUAUAAUAAUCUGACACUGUACUAAUCUGAUCCCCCACACUAAUAAUCUGACACUGCCCCAAUCUGACCCCCAAUAAUCUGACCCAUCCCCCGCACUAAUAAUAAUCUGACACUGUACCCCAAUCUGAUCCCCCCGCACUAUAAUAAUCUGACACUGUACCCCAAUCUGAUCCCCCCGCACUAUAAUAAUCUGACACUGUACCCCAAUCUGACUCCCCCCGCACCAUAAUAAUCUGACUCCCUCCCGCACCAUAAUAAUCUGACUCCCUCCCGCACCAUAAUAAUCUGACACUGUGCCCCAAUCUGUCACCCUGAUAAUCUUAUAACCUGCGCCCUAAAAUCUGAUACUCUGAGCCCUGAUAAUCGGACACCUUGUGCCGUGAGCUAAAACUCUGCACCCUAAUCUGACCCUGUCAGAUGGCCUAUCAUCAUGAAGUGUAACUUUGUAUGAAGCUCAGUACUGGGCACCAGUGUAUUAGUUCAUUUUGUGUGUGCUGCUCACACUGAGUGCAGGAGGGCAAUACUUGGGUCCAGUGCCAUGUUUACCCAAUAUUGUGCCAAGGUCUGCUUUUAACCUUGCUUAUGUCAGACAGUGUUUAUUGGUAACCUCUUUUGGUCAAACAUGAAGUGUAUGAUUUUUUUUUUUUUAGCUGGUUGCUUCCCCUUGUGCAGCCAGUUCUUAAAUGGUUCGGCUGCUUACUCUGGGAGGAUGGUGGAUUUUCUUGGCACCAUAACAACUACGUCAGGUUGUUACGGUGCUUGAAGUACUCUAACCCUAGAUAAGGGACCUACUUUGUGUUAAAGGAACACUCCAGACCUCAUAACUUCAUCUCAUUGAAGUACGUAUGUUUCUAAAGCUUUCUUCACAAUCGGUGGCCACUGAAAUGCUGAGAGAUAUGGGGCAACACAGAUGGGCACCAGAACGUUUUGAAAAUUAUUUAACCUUAUAAGGGAUGACUGGCCAAGCACUAUUGACAGGCACCCAUCACCGCCUCUUCUGCAUCCAGAAGCUACACUGAGCUAAGUCAUACAAGGCUGGCUUCAGGGUGCAGAAGGAGUGGCAACGUGAAGCUGUUCUUAAAAGGGGCUACUUGUUAAAAAGGACGCUAUAUGUACCCAGAUUACUUCAUCUCAAUGAAAUGGUCUGGGUACAGUGUCCCUAUCCCUCUUAUUCCUGAAGUGUAAAGCAUUGCAGUUUUAGAGAAACUGCAAUGUUUUAGAUAUAUAGAUAUAUAUAUCUAUCUAUAUCUCUAUCUCGUGUUUGGGAGUGGUUUUAUUUAAAAAAUAAAACAAACAAUAUGUCUCCUCAACAAUAGGUCUACUGAGUUUCCCCUAUUUACAGCUGCAUUAAAUCAUGUCAGUAGUCCAUGACGCUUUAAGUGCAUUCUGGCAUCUCCAUUCUUUGAAUAGAGCUGUACAUUAGACUGCAUGCAUGACACCAUGAGGGAUAUAUUGUCAAUGUACACAUUACAAUUACAACAUGAAAAGAAAUUUGCUGUGGCUGACAUACAAUUUAAAUAAAAAAAGGCUUAAAAAAAAAACAAAACAAAAAAAAACACAAGAACUACUUAUAGCCAACUUUCAGUUCACUUUUGGUUUUACAAAAAAUAAAAAAAAAUACCAUAUUACACUGCAGAUUUUAUAACAUUUUGUUUUAAAGGAACACUCCAAGCACCAUAACCACUGCAGUAGUUUGAUUGCUUACCUGAGGUCUGCUCGGGGCUGCUCUGUCAUCUUUAUUUCCUGUGGAGAGCUGGAAAGGAAAGCUCUAAAGCAGGAGCUUGUCCUCUUUCUGGACCGAAUUCAUGCAAUGUCACUCUCAGCCAAAAGACAAAGCCCUCUACCGCCAAUCUUAGCUCUGAUAGAGAGCUUCUGGCUCACCACUGGAUGUAAAGGAGGUGGCGAGGAGUGGCACCUGACAAACUGUAGUAGUUAUGGUGCUCGGAGCAUUCCUUGAAAGCGGCUUUGUCACCCCACAAAAAAAGUGCGCAUUUCAUAAAGAUAAAAUCUUUAGGAAUUGCUCAUAAAUAUUGUUUUGGAAUUUCAUUGGAAUUCCAGUGCAGCUAUAUUAUAAGACAAAAUAGGGACUACUUUGUCUUAUGGUAAAUUCUCUGCUCGACUAAAGCUACCACUCAAGUUUUAUCACUUCCCCCAGACUAUGGCUGAGGGAAUAAUGCAUUAUCUCAUUCAUUGUUGGGUAAUGUCUUUGGAGGCUCCCGCUGUAUCCCAAGAUCUUCGAUAGAUAUUGGUGUGCAAGAGUACAGCACUGGAUGAAGUGCCAUGAGCUGAAGAUCGAUGUCUGCGUGGGACAGCAUCGGGUAAGUAUAACAUGCCUGCACUGCCCAUCCUUAUUCACUAAACACCCAAAAAAUUUUGCCAUGUAAGUAUUUGCUAAAGGUUUUAGUGAGUAACACCACUGGUGCAAGGGUUCAGACUAGCCCUUGAGACAUUGAAAUUAAAUGCUAACAGGUCGAAUGGUUUAGCAAUUGGUUCAACAAAUUUUACUUGAUGGAGGAGUGAGGGUGUAGCAGUGGUCUGGUAACCUGUUAAAUCAAAGCUGUGUUUCUGUCUUGUUAGAUGUUUUGUUUGGCAGCAGGCAGCCUGCCUGAGUUCAGGAAUGUGUUGACCCUGUUGGGUGGAGUAAGCAAUUUAAUCCCUAAAUGCAUUGCGAGCUCGGGUUUGAAAAAGACACAAGCACAUUCUGUAACGAUAAAUCUCAUCCUCUACUCCUGAAUUGCAUGUACCAAGGAAUGUGCUGGCGAUUGUGACGUGUCUGUGGUGUAUUUAAAAAAAAUAAAUAAAAAAAUUUGGGGUGUUUGUAGUAAAUUGCCAAUCUCAACAGUAACCUGUACUUUUAUAUCUGGGGCAGAAACACCUCCCUGGCUGACAUUCAAAAGCCAGGGUGGUUUUCGUCUAUUUUAGGUCCACAGAGCUGACAGAAUCAGGAGACGAGCGUUCUUGUUCAAACCUUACUCUCUCCAUUGAGGUGUCUUAUUGCAUAUUGAAAAGCAUAGGGAAAUUGCAAUUGUGCACCAUAGCAUCUCCAGGACCGAGGCUUCUAUAUGCGAUGCCUCUGAAGUAUUCCCUGGGGAAAGAGGGGAGAGCUGCAGAGGCCAAGUCUGUAUCUUCGGCAAACUGAUUUUAGAAAAAAUGCAGAAGGUGUUGUCUGAUAAAUAGGAUUUAUUAUCCUUUAAGGAGAUGUUGCUGAAGUUGAGUGUUUUUAAAACCUACUCUGUAUGCAGUCCGGCCAUGCUGUUAAUUUGCUUGAAGUGUCUGUAAUUGAACUUCUCGGUAUUGGUGGAUUUUCUGAAAUUUGAUGCACUUGAGACUUGUUUAAUGUCUGACAGAAUGUAUGAAAAUGGGGCGUUUUUAUUUUUAAAGUGGCAUUGUGACCCAAUUCUGAAGGAGUGUAGCCACAUGGAUGGCCGGCACACAUGGAUUUAGUUAGCUUGAAACUCUUCUGGACUGACUUAUGUUAAUCCUGUGCUCAAAAAAACUUGUCAUUAGUGCAUAAUGGUUGAUGACCUAAUCUGCUUCUUUACUUGCAGGAAGCGCUAUGAGCCUGCCAGUCUUUAGAACUUUGUGUGCACGGGUGGCUCGUGCACACAAUUUAAUGCAGUGCCCAAUGUACUCCCUCCGAGUCUCUCUUCCUGCACACAUCCCACGGUCUUCACUUCCGUGUCUUUCUCUAUCAGAAUUUGGUGGAUUGCGAUGCCUGGCAAACAUUCGCCCUAGGUCCAACAAUGCUUUUUUUUUUUUUUUUUUAAUGGGGAGCAUUUGGUUGGACCUUAAAACAAACAGCGAUGAUGUGAAAGUAAGCAGCUCCAGCGCAAUUUAGUUGUUUGCCUACUGUAGUGGUUGUUAUAGUAGGAAUACCUUGGUGCCAUUGCAGCGCAUGCGCAUUAAGUCACCCCGGCUGACGUAGACGUGGGUGAAGCGUAGGCGGAGCCUGACCAAGCGCCGAGGGACAUUGGCGCUGGAUUCAGGUAAGUCACUGAAGGGGUUUUAACUCCUUCAACAACAUGGGAUGGAGGGAGGGGGGCACUGCAGGAACCUGCAGUGCCAGGAAAACAGAUUUGUUUUCCUGGCACUGGAGAGUCUCUUUAGCGGUCUUACAGAUUUUACCUGGGUCCACCACUGGAGCCUAAUCUUCUCAAGCAGAUUUACAACAUCUGACUUCUGAAGCCGUUUGUCGGCCAUUCAUUAGCUGACAGCUCUCAGCCAAUGAAUGCAACUCUAUGCAUAGAAAUAUAUGCACACAAUUGGCAUUAUUUAGACCGUACGAAACGCUUGUUCUGGACUGGCUAAUGAAGCUGCCUGAGGUAGUUACAACUUCCAACCGUCAAUGGGUUAAAAUCUAUAUUGACUUACAGACUCAAGGUUUCCUGACCACUUAAAGCGGCACUGUCAUGGCCGAAUCCUGUCUUUUUUUUUUUUUUUUUAAACCCCCUCCCGACUCCACCACAUCUAACUGACCCCUUAGUCGCCCCUAAGCCCCCCAUAUUUCCUAUUUUUUAACUUUAUUUUCUGCCCCGAUCUAUAUUCAGGGCGCCGCCAUCUUUGUGUGGGUAGAUAAGGUCCCCGUGGGACACAUCAUCUGCCCACACUAGAUAGCGAUGUGAGAUUCCCGCACAUGCCCAGUGAAAAACUUGGACAUGCGAACGGGAAUUUCGUCUAUUCAUUCGUCACCAAGCCGAAUGAAUGACUAGAAGUUUCAAAUGAACAAACACACACUGAAUAUCAGUGUUCGUUUGUUCAUUCAGUUUAUUAAAAGGAGGGAGCUACCAGCUCGCAGCUCCCUCCUUGUAAUUUGUAAAGACAGAAGCGGAAUCUGAGUCAUUUUACAUAGUGUGGGAAAACUCCAAUCAGAGUGUUCUUAGCCUUAUUGCAGAGCUCAGUCUGCGCGGAGCCCUCCAUGGGUGAAGAUGGAUUUUUUUUUUUUUGAUUUUUUUUUUUGCGUUUGUUUGUUUUCUGCGCUCCUGGUUUUUUUUAUUUUAAGUUUGGGUAUUAUAGGUUUUUUUUUUAGGGGGGGGGAGGGAGGCGGGAUGGGGCUAAAAAUUGAAGAUUUUAGAAGAAAGAAGACAUCAAAUGGUAAGUUUUGUGUUUUUUUUUUUCCUUUACGGUUAGUUAUUUUAUUCCCCUCACAAUUUUUAGGGUGUGGGGAUGUAGGUAGGGGAUAGCUUUUAUUUGGGGGGGGUUGGCUAGGUGAUUUGUCAUUUUGGGCCCCCGCCCAGGGGUGGGAGAGCCGGGGGGAGGACAGUAGUUACCCCUCCGCCCCGCCCAUUAUCCUUUAUGGCCCCCACCCAAUGCUCAGGGGUGGGGGCUGGGGGGGAGGACAGUAGGUCCCACCCACCCUCAUUUUCCUGUAUGGCCCCCCACACACUGCUUCAGGGGUGAGUGCUGAGGGGGGGGGAGGACAGUAGGUCCCACUCCCCCUCAUUUUCCUGUAUGGCCCCCACACACUGCUCAGGGGGUGGAGGAUGGGGAGGGAGGACAGUAGGUCCCACCCCAUUGUGAUUUAUGGCCCCCACCCAUUUUAUUCCCCCCUCACUAUUUUUAGGGUGAGGGGAGUAGGUAGGGGAUGGUUUUUAUUUGGGUGGGGGGGCGGGUGACUAGGGGCUUGGGGAAUUUGUCAUUUAGGGCCUCCACCUGUCGCCAAGGGGAGAGGACAGUAGGUCGUGUGUGUCCACCCCCCCCCACUCAUUUUCCUUUAGUCCACCGCGCAGGGGUGGGGGGAGGACAGUAAGUUGCCGUCCCCCCAAUUGUGAUUUAUGACCCCCACUCACUGCACUGGACAGCAGGUGUCCUCCUCCCCCCCUCUCAUUUUCCUGUAUGACCCACACCCACCGCUCAGGUGUCUUCGUCCCCCUACUGUGAUUUAUGGUGCGCCCUCCCCCCACACACACACAUCUAUCUAUCCCUACCCCUCCCGAGCGUCAGAUAACGGACCAAAGCUCUGUUUCAAUUCAGGAAACCCUCUAGUGGCUUUCUGGUAGACAGCCGCUUUCUAUGGAACUGCAAUAUUUUUUUGCAUUGCAGCACUAGGUGCAAAAUGGACAUUACACCCUACACUGUAGUCACCCAGAACUCUUCAAUUUGUUGAAUUGGUCUGGGUGCCUACAGUGUCUCUUUAAGCUGUACUUGUUCUGGUGACUAUAGUGCCAUUUUAAGAGUUUCAAACACAUGAAAAACAGAUUUAUUCAUUAAAUGGUGUAUUGUGGUGAUUUUGGAACCAAAUACAAAGUUUUUGCUAAAUUAACUAAACCUGUGACUAGUGGAAUUUGAAAUUGUAUACCAUAAUUGGCUAUUUUAGUUUCUAGUCACUACAGUUAGUAUUUAGUUAAACUCCGUCUACCAGUGGUGUAUAGUUUCACUUGGACACAUUUGUCUAUUGUUAUGGCUUUGUAUAUGUUGAUUGGAAGCAAACGGUAUCUAUUGAAACCUGAUUCCUCUCUUGAACUAGUGUUAUAGAAACUGCUGAUACUACAAGACAUGUAUCUUUUUACCUUUUAGGGUAAAGGGACUCUCCGUCCACCCUGUGGUGCAGAGAGUUUUCCUGUCUCUCUGCAUACAGUUGCAUAAAUCUGCAGUGGUAUGCAAAAGUUACUAAAGCUGCAAGCUGCCCCCCUUCUCCUUAGAUGGCAGAGGAGGAAGCUUCACUUCUCUGCCCAUACAAAAUAUUUGCAUGUUGUACAAUAAAGGGACAUUCCAGACACCUAAAGCACAAGUGUCUUCUGUGGAUCUGCAACUUUUGCAUGCUGUUUUAAAAAAAAAAAAUACCUCUAUUGAAUGCAUUCUCGUUUUCAUUGGGGUUAUAUUUACUAAGCAGUUUUGCUUUUGGACAGUGUCCGAUGCUUUGUGGGACAUACAAAGUUAAAAUGUGAAUCUGUACAUUUGUUAAUGAUACUGCUUGCUUCCAGAUAUUAUUGCUACUUUUAUUUAUUUUAUUUUUUUUAAACAUUAAACUUCUUGUCACAUAGUCAUGUUCGGAAAAUAAAAAAAGCUAUAAUUUUUUAGGUUAAGUAGCACUUUCAUUUUAUACACAAAGAUGUAUUUCUAACACUAACGUGUUCGUCUGUCCCCUCCUAAAUCGGGCAUUGUAAAGGGUUAAAUAAACCCUUUAUUCAUUAACCCUCUUCCAGCAUCGAUGUCCUUCUGCGCAGGGUUCUGCUCCGCCUCCUUUGAUGUCAGAUGAUGGGUAUCCCAAUGUGCAUUUGCGUGUUGCCUCAAUGCUUUCCUUGACUCUCGAUGUCCUCAUGCAGAGCAAGAGGAUGUUUAGCAUUGUUUCACAGAAAACUCUGUGAAACUCCAGGAAGCGCCUCUAGUGGCUGUCUGUUUGACAACCACUACAGACAGGCUUAGUACUGCAAUGUAAACAUUGUAGUGUUUUACGUUACAGGACUAGGGAGGACAGGGCAUUGCACCCAGACCACUUCAAUGAGAUGAAGUGGUUUGGGUGCAUAUAGUUUUCCUUUAAAGAUCCCCCUCCUCACAUUGUCACGUCUCCUUCCCUUUAGUUCUUGGCAGAUUGAUGUGAGUUUAUUUUUAUUUUUUUAAGAGUUUCUUUAUGAAAGUGUUUAAACAGAUGUACAGUCUUGUGCUCCAUUCCUCUGUGUACCCAGGAGCAACUUCCUGCCUCAGGACAAUAAAAGCUUGUUCACUAUUAUCAGGUGACUUAUUUGUAUAAGGUUUGUACUGGUUAUGUUACCAUAUACAGUUAUAGGAAAAUUGCUGCACACGCAAAUGAACUAUGUGAUAAUGGGUUGGGGGGAGGGGGAGGAGAGUGAAAUCUUUAAUUGAGACAAAUAUUACUUUAGCUUAUGAUUUUAUUUUUAAAUGAUUUUGGAUCACCUCUUUCUCCACCGAAUGUAUUUUAUUUUUCUUCUAGCCGGACUAAAACUCCAAGGAGACCGCCUCACAAAAAACCAUCUAACUCGGACCAGAAAGAUCCAGUGGGGGUGAGAUUACUUAUGUGGAGAUUUUACAAAGAUGUUCCACUUUGGUAAAAAUGUGUUGCCUCUCAAUUCCACUUUUCCAAGCUAUUAAACUUGCUUUAAAAAAACAAAACCAAAUAAGGUUAUAAAUAUGUACAAGCAUCAUUACAUUAAUCUGAUAUUUACCGUGUAAAUGGCAAAUAUUUGGCGUAUCAUAUCGCAUACAUUGGACUUUCUUAACUUUUUCAGAAUGUCCUUAAGUCUACUUUGGAUGUACACCUGUUCAGAAAAUAAAAUGUAAACAUGUUCAGAAUGGUGUUCUUUCUUUAUCUAUUAAUUUUGUUUAGUUUUUGUGUUCUCUGUGGGGUGGCUAAGCUGACCAGCCUGCUCAUGUUUUUGUAGAGAAGCCAUGUGUGUUGUAGCUAGACUCCCAAGAUAGCCCUUAAUAGGCAGCUAUCUUGGCUGAAAUAGAUUGUCAGAAUAUACACAGGAAAAUAACUCACACAUCUCUUCUCAGGUUUAUUGCAGAGUGCGACCUCUCUUCCCACCUGAUCAAGAAUGCUGUAUUGAAGUUAUUAAUGAAACCACAUUGAGGCUGCAUCCUCCAGAUGGCUUUAAGGUUAACCGUAAUGGGGAAUAUAAAGAGGUAAGUGACCACUUUUAGCUGAUCCUGGAAUCACUAUAUUGCAUAAAGUAGCCCAUGGUUCCUGAAACAAUCGUUCCUAAUUUACAGUUUGUCAACAAUGUAGCCAAUAUUAUCAAUAUGUCUAUCCUGCUGCGUUUUAUGACCCUGUCAACCAUUGUGCUUGUUUCAGACACAAUAUUCCUUUAAACAAGUAUUUGGAACUCAGGUGACUCAAAAGGACCUUUUUGAUGUUGUUGCAAAACCUCUGGUGGAAGAUAUAAUUCAUGGCAAAAAUGGUAUGUAUGUGACUGCUCACAAGCAUUGCUUUAGUUUAGUUGGAUGUUUUUGUGGGUUUUUUUUUGUUUUUUGUUUUCAAUCUCAAAUUCCUGUUUUGUCACCUAGGGCUACUUUUCACAUAUGGGGUGACAGGAAGUGGGAAGACUCACACAAUGACUGGGUCUCCUGGGGAUGGAGGACUCCUGCCACGAUGUCUGGAUAUGAUCUUUAACAGUAUUAGUAACUUCCAAGCAAAGAGAUAUGUAAGUAUUCAUUCUGUCUGCAACCUUCCGUCUCCAUUAUGGGAGCAUCUACUUUAUUUAGAGAUACUGCUUUCAUUGUUUUCGUUUAAUUCAUGUUUCUUUGUUUUGUUUUGUUUUUCUUGUUUUUUUUUUUUUCUCUCUCUCUUAAUUUUUCCCCAUCUAUUGUACGUUUUUGUACGCUUAUUUAAAUCUAGUGUUGCCUGGUUCCUUGCUUUGCUGCUCUCGACCUUAUGUGAAUAGGUUAAAGAACAUUGCCGGAUGUGGUGGCAUAUUUUUAGUUUUUGGGUUGAUGUUGGGGCUUCUCUUGUGGUUUGGUGUGUUUAUUUAUUUGUGGUGUGUAAUUCUUUUUAUUCAAAUGGUUCCCUUGCUGAAUAUAAUUUGUAUUUCAUACAAAACACCUUUCAAAAUUGUGUAAACUAGGCUUACUUGUCCAUAAAGCUGGCAUUAAAACAACCCCCCUGUGAUCUGUAGGUUUUUAAGACAGAUGAUAGAAAUGGCAUGGAUAUACAGAGUAAUGUGGAUGCUUUGUUGGAAAGACAAAAACGUGAUGCACCAACACAGAUCAGCAGAACGCCUCUAAACCGGUAAGUUCAGCUCUCUUCUUGUAAGUAAUUUAGUCUUGGCCUGUGUUUUCUAUUGAAUUAUGUAUGUUAUCCACAGGCAGAGGAUCGAACCUGAAUUUGCUGACAUGAUAAACAUUCAGGAUCAUUGCAAAGUUGAAGAGGUGGAUGAAGACAGUGUAUACAGUGUUUUUGUAUCCUACAUUGAGAUCUACAACAAUUACAUCUAUGACCUCCUGGAAGAGACUCCUAUAGACCCAAUCAAGCCAAAGUGAGCAGUGUUCCACGUGAACCCAUUACAUUGUUACUACUUUUUUGUUUGUUCUAUUUUAGAAUUUAAAUGCAUAGACAUGUGACGCAGCAUCUUCUCACUCCCACACAUCAAAAUGCCUUACAACUCGUUUUAAGAGCGAUUCUUUUUCACAUAGAGCUUGUUCACAGAAAUGUAUCAACCACAUUUCCUUUUUAAACUCUAAUUCAAAACAACUUAAUGAAUACAUUUUAAGAAAAUUAAUUUGUAAAGUAGCCAUGUAGUGAGGGGGAAAAAAUCCCAUAGAUGGUUGUAGUGGUUAUGCCAGGAGUAUACUGGCGUAAGUUGUGAAUAUGUCUGUCUGAGCAAUACAUAACAUUUUAAUUUAUUGACUAUUCAUUGGCUAACAGUGCCAGCUGAAUGUUUAAACAUCAGCAUCCGACUAAUAUUAUUUGAGAAUUCUAUAAGCAGUGUGGCUGCCCAACAGUAUCCAGGUAGUGGUUAUACUAUGCUAAAACGAUUUGACUGCUUACACUGGGGAGGUGGCUAGCAGACUAUAGUGGUUAAGUUGUUUGGAGUGUUCCUUUGAACCAUGGUGAUCUGCCUGUUGCUUCUCCCUCUUCUCAUCAUUGGUCUGCUGAGGGUAUAAGUGGCAUCAGUGUGCUGAGUGAAGGCAGGUGAUAUGCCUUGUGCCUCUGUUCACUUAACCUAAGUCUGAGUAGUAAAAUCAUGGGCUCAUUCUAAACAAUAAAGACCCUCUCUUCAAAUAGUAAUCCUAUCCCAAAGCAAUAUAGUAGCAUUCUAAACAAAACACUUAAAAAAAUUUUUUUUUUUUUUUUUUCAAAUUAGAAUUUCAUCUCAUGUUGUUAAGUGAUACCUAUGUUUCUAGCCAAUCACAAUGCUUCGUUCACUUUGCCAGAAUUCUUUAGUGAUUAGACAUGUAUAGCAGAUUUGAAGUUUCCUAAAGGGGUUAUUACAUUGGAUCUCCUGACUUUGCACUUUCAUUCUUCAAAUCCUGGUAUCUAAUAUCUUGCUGUAUAGAUGUUAGUCUGUAUGUUGAUAUACUAGUGUAACAUUUGUGUGUGUACUUUCUGUGUAUGUACUUGUGAAUGGGUUGUGUGUGUGUGUGUGUACUUUCAGCCAAUAUUAUCAAUAUGUCUUAUCCUGCUGCGUUUGUGUAAUGCAGACAGAACUUGCUCUUAAAGAUGUUUUGAUCAUUUUCCAGUGAAUCUGAUCCCUUAACUGUGCAGGAGUUUAACGUGGAGCCUACAAUUUGGCGUUGAAAGUCCUAUUUUCUUAAUGUGGAUAUGUCUAGUUGUAAAAUCAAUUUUGUUGUCUUCCUUUUUUUCAUCUUGUUCUCUUCCUUCUUGUCUGCAUUGGUAGAGGUUUUUUGACAAAAGGAACUAGUGUUUCUGAUUUUGUGAUAAAUCCACUCUAACAUGUGAUAUUUGUUAUAUUUACUUCAGAUACGAUUUUGUCAGGCUCCAUGAUAGUUCAGUACGGGUUCUGUUCACUACAAUGCACCAAUGUGAUGCAAUGUAGAGAUUAUAACCUGUUCCUAUUCCUUUGUCAGGUGGAACACCCCCGGGAAGAACGCAGAGUUUAUGUAUGUUGUGCAGUUUGUACUUUUCCCUAAGCCCUGUGCUUGAUGUUGUAGGUUGCCCUGUGCCAUCAUUUCUAUGUUCUCUUAUACACCAUAACUGUUUUUAGACUUUUUGCCUCGUGUUGCAUGUUGGCCUUCUUUUACUCCUAAUGCUUCUGUUUAGUUAGUAACUUCAUACUGAACAUAGCUUGUCAUACAAUUUGACUUCAGCAUAAGCUCCUCUGUUUGCAGACCACCACAAUCUAAGAAUCUACGUGAAGACCAGAAUCACAACAUGUAUAUAGCUGGGUGCACAGAGGUGGAGGUGAAGUCUACAGAAGAGGCAUUUGAUGUCUUCUGGAAAGGUGAGCGUAUAACUUCUAAUAGUCUGUUAUGGGUGGUUCUGCUAUGCAUAAGUGUAUGGGUGACUUGGUCUCUUUGGGAAAUCAAUUUAUUUAUUGUGCUAGCCAGAUACCAAAAAGGAAUAGACUAUUAGAAUAGGGAUAGAUUGAAUAUUGUGAUGUUUCCUUAGAGUACUGUGCAAAGUGUUGAUGUGUUUUAACACUCACCUUAAUAUGAACAUGGGAGAGAACAUUUUUCACCCUAGGGUCUUCUAAUUCAAUCUUUAGUCAAAUUAUAUGGAAUUUCACAUGGCAAACCAGAAGUGUCUGUAAAGAAUGCAGAUGUAUAUGCACAUUAAACAGAUUUAUUUACAAAGAUCCUAGCCAGAUUUUCUAGAUUCCACAAAACUUUGCUUUCCUACUUCUAGAGAUGCAUUAGGCGCCACAGCAACUUUUCUCGUUGAAGUGGUUAUGGUAUUUGGUAAGAGUCCUGAUGUCUUAGACUUCAGUUCUCUCAAAAUAGGGCUUUAAAGCUGAUGAUUGUAGCUCUGUGUUCAAGCACGGUCACUCGGGCACUGAGUGACACAUAACACACACCUGCAUUCAUAACAUGCUGAUGUAGAGGUACUUGCAAGCACUCACUGUUGGGGAGCCGCAUCUACAAAUCCCAAAACUGGCUCUGUAAUUUAUCAUGGAUGUCCCUGUAGUUCAGUAUUGCCAUACUAACUCAUUGAUAUGGAGGAGGAGCGUUCUUUCCAGAUUACUGAAAAGGCUUGUAAGUAGACUACAAGCUCCCCUUGAGAGAACACUAAAGCCUAAGACUGGAGGGAUCUUAUCUUAUAGACCAUAACCACUUGAAUAAUAUGGCAUGGCUAUGCUGCUUAGAGCAGAAGUGGGCAACUUUUGAUACUCCAGAUGUUGACAUCUCUCCUGGUGCUUUGCCAGCAUUAUUGCUGCAUUAGCAUUAUUGGAAAUGUAGUCCACAACAACUGGAGUCCCGAAAGUUCUUUACCCCUGGCCUAGUGUAUUCUUAGAAACACUAUUGUAAUAUUCUGACUAUUAAUAAAGCUUCAUCCCUGGCAUUCGGAUUAGUCCCAGAAUACCAAAUACUAUCAGUGUAUACAGCAUGUAAUGAUUCUGCUGUGAAAUCUGUGAGUGCAUCCUUCUAACUAGCAGACAGUGUUUGGUUGCAAUGUAUAUUUUGGUGCAUCUCGGUGUAAGCUUUAACCACACUUGUUGUUUCAGGUCAGAAAAAGAGAAGAAUAGCAAACACACAGUUAAACCGCGAGUCCAGUCGCUCACACAGUGUCUUCAUGAUUAAACUGGCACAGGCCCCACUUGAUGCAGAUGGAGACAAUGUACUUCAGGUAACAAGUGCUCAUUCAAUCUGCUGGGUUCCAUGUCUAGAAGCAGAGUUUUUGAGUAGGUGGCCAUGACUCUAAAACAUACACAUCAUUACUUUGCUUAUUUUGUGUAGUUUGGUGUGCAAUGAAAAUUAAAAAUUGAAUAAAAUGUCUAACAUAAAAGUAGUUGCAAGUAUACUGAAAACAUAGUACAAUGUACAGUGUGGUAUGCAAAGAAAAUACCAGACUUCCUGCUUUGAUACUAGUCCAGUGUCUCCCAGUGCCAAGUCUGUGUUUAGGUAGGUUUUGGGUCUACCACCAUCCCCCAAUUUAACCCCUUAAGGACCAAACUUCUGGAAUAAAAGGGAAUCAUGUCAUGUGUCCUUAAGGGGUUAAAGAAAGACUUGCUCAUAUCAAAAAUCACUUCUGUUUUGUGCAAUUAAGACGAUCAUAAAAUUUUCUCUUCAAACACAUUCUUUUUUUUUUUUUUUUGUGAAUCUAGAUAUUUAACUGUGGCAGACAAACAUUUUGGGCUUCAUCUCUUUGACUAAUCGUACAGAUUCCGUAGUUCCUGCCCCAACUCUUGAAGAUGACAUUUGAAGCACAUAGUGUUUCCCUGCAUAUGCUGUUCAAUUGUGAUUAGUUUAGACUCAUAGACUACAUCUCAAUUUUCGAGGGUUUUAAAUGAAAACCAAAAAAUGAAAGGUUAGGGCUAUGAGAGAUGAUUCCAUAGCAACCAGUAAAAUAGAAUAAAGUUAUGAGCGAGAUAUAUGUGUAUAUAUAUAUAUAUAUAUAUAUAUAUAUAUAUACUCGUAUCCAGGAUUGACAGUUGUUCAGUUGUUUUUAUGAACGUUUAUUUUUUGAUUCCUGUUAUAUACCCAUGAUGUUUUAUCUAGGAAAAGGAACAGAUUACUGUAAGUCAGCUAUCACUUGUGGACUUGGCUGGAAGUGAAAGAACAAAUCGCACCAAGGCUGAGGGUAACAGACUGCGAGAAGCAGGUACCAUUUGUGCCAGUUAAAUCCCUGAUCUAAUCUUGUGCUAAAAUACCAUUGAUUCCACACAUUACAAAUGGUAUGACCUAUAAAAUGGUAUCUCGUCCACAGGUAACAUCAAUCAGUCACUGAUGACAUUAAGGACAUGUAUAGAAAUUCUUCGAGAGAACCAAAUUUAUGGAACAAACAAGGUAAGACCAUUUCAUAAUUGCAAGGUGGGCUGCUUGUAGCUUUUCUGGCUGGUGUUCAAAGUUUAGUCCUUUGCAUGUUGUAUAGUUUGUCAUCUUUAAGUAUCAAAGCCGAAUAAAGGUAUGUUUAGCGCAGCAAUGUCUAUUUAUUGGCACUACUCAUUAGGCAUUCUAGGAAACAAAGCUCACAAACUCUGUCCUGUGAAUGUUUUUGCUAUCAUUUGACUAGGAUAUGUGAAAUGUCAAUGGUGUAUUUGUCAGUUUUCUUUUGGGAAGAAAAGCAAAAAAAUGUAUCAUCUACCCCACAGAUGGUUCCCUACAGAGACUCCAAGUUGACUCAUCUUUUCAAGAACUACUUUGAUGGAGAAGGCAAAGUUCGCAUGAUAGUGUGUGUCAAUCCAAAGGCUGAUGAUCAUGAGGAGAGUUUGGUGAGUCAGUUGAGAAAUUGAGACCUACAUUGUCUUGUAAAGACAGUCUUUGAGCUCAUGCAUAUAUUUCACUUCUGGUCACAGCAAGUGAUGCGGUUUGCCGAGAUGACACAGGAGGUUGAAGUUGCCAGACCAGUCGAUAAACCAAUCUGUGGUUUGACUCCAGGGCGGCGUUAUAGAAACCAGGCAUUUAAGGAGGAGCUUUCUCGCAGACUGGAGGAGCGUGGUGGGCCAGUAGUUGGGGGUAAGUGUUAAACUGUAACAAGUGGUUGGUGCUCUGCUACCCUUGCCCUCCAACUUAUAAUCUUAUCACUCUUCACAAACAGAGCCCGAGGAACAGUCUGUGAUGGAUGUGCUCAUUCAAAGCUUUCCUCCAAUCCCAUCAUGUGAGUUACUGGAUUUGAAUGAUGAGCAUACACUUCCACGCCUUAUUGAGGUCCUGGAGAAACGACGGAGGAUCCGGCAGAUGAUGACUGAGGAGUUCAAUAAAAAUGGUGAGCUAUUGGGUCCUCUGGCCAUUUUUAAGAGGCAGAACGGACAGAAAAAACAGCCCUUGGUUGUCUUGGAUGCCAAAGUAAUUUUGCUUUUCUUCCUCUGUGAACAGUGUUAGAAAUUCCUUAAAGGACCACUAUAGGCACCCAGACCUCUUCAGCUCAAUGAAAUGGUCUGGGUGCCAGGUUCAUCUAGGGUUAACCCUGCAGCUGUUUACAUUUGGGUUAAUCCAGCCUCUAGUGGCUGUCUUAUUGACAGCCACUAGAUGCGUUUCCGCGCUUCUCACUGUGAAAAUCAGUAAGAAGACGCUGAUGUCCACAGGAAAGCAUUGAGAAAUGCUUUCCUAUGGAUUGUUUGAAUGCGCGCACAGCUCAUGCUGCACAUGCGCAUUCGGCGCUGGCAUCGGAAGAGGGAGGAGAGUACCCCAGCGCCGAGAGAGCCUGGCGCUGGAGAAAGGUAAGUUUAACCCCUUCAGCUCAGCAGGAGGGGGGCCAUGAGGGUGGGGGACCUAAAGACCCUAUAGUGCCAGGAAAACAAGUUUGUUUCCUGGCACUAGAGUGGUCCUUUAAUUUCUGAAGUUAUUUUGUUAUUGAUUAUACACGAUUUUCUAAUUCUUUCCAGCAUCUUCCUACCCACUUUUUAAUGUAAUAACUACUAUAUACUUCUUGCAAUUGGUGAAUUGACAUGUAUACUUAAACUUGUUCUUCAUUCAGUAUCUUCAUUCAGAGCAAUUCUACAAGAUGCUAAUGGGGCAGUUUCUGCAAAGGAAAACUUUGUUCAAGGCAAAAUGACCGAGAAGGAUAGGCUUAUAACAUCCCAGAAAUCUGAGCUUGAGCGAUUGGAGAAAAAAAUCAAAACCCUUGAAUACAAGGUGAGCAGGCCAUCUGCAUGAACUUUUCGCAUAGUUGUGUGUUUUUUGUUUGUUUGUUGUUUUUGUUUUUUUUCCCUCCUGUCCCCAUUUAUGUGGUUUGUUAAAAAUGUGGAAUGUGUCUUUCUUGCAGAUAGAUAUUCUGGAGAAGACUACCACCAUUUAUGAAGAUGAAAAACGUGCAUUGCAGAAUGACCUGGAGAAUCAAAACCAGAAGCUGCAACGUCAGCUUUCAGACAAAAGAAGAAUGGAGGUUCGACUGCAGGGGAUGGCAUCUGAGAAUGCUUUGAAAUGGGAGAAGGAGUGUGUAAGUGUUCUCACACACUUAAUCUGUGAAAUGAAACUAAGACUGUAAACUUGCUAGCGAAUCAUGCCUGGCACUUCAUAUGCUUAAAAUCUGGGUGAUCAACAUAUCCAAAAAUCACCCAGAUCUGUUCUGGAAUUUCCUGGAAGUCUUUUGUUUGACCGACCGCACACAUGGUCCCAUGCCCAAAACCGUUCCAGAGAGUCAGGGCUUGCAGUCGGUCUAGUUCGGUAGUUUAAAAAAAGUAAAAAAAAAUUACCGAACAGAAUCAAUAGUUCUACCCUGGAGCUUGUUCACCUUAUUCCACCGAACAGUGUCUUCCUAAGUGUUAUAAAACCGCACACAGGCGAUCAUGGAAGUCCAGCGGUGUUCAGUAGUUUCAGUAUCCGAAAAUAGUUCCAUGAACCUCAACAACCAAGAUGGCCGCCACCUUGUGGUUGUCCAAAGGAAUUGCGGCCACCCAGACGAACACUUAGAACACUGAGGUGGAAAUUGCUACAAAGAACAAGCUCCAGGCUGGUCUCUGGUUCACGCGGCUGUUUGGUUCCCGAACCAUAUAGUCUAAUUACACGAGCGGAGACUUUUAUAUCACAGUUUACAUGGUCCAUAGUCUGUAGGCAGGAGGCUGGCAAGCAGGCUCUUCCAGGAACUCGUGGCAAACUCACUUUAAAAGGAGUUUAUCACACUUUCUAAUCAACAUUUCAUUAUGCCAAGCUAUAUUAUUUUUGCAAUUGGAAAAAGCAUCCUCCCCCUAAAUUACGCAUGAGAUCCACAAAGUCCUUUGCAUCUGACAGUCACAACUGUGUCUCCAUGGGGCACCACUAGGAAUCUCAAUGCUUGUGGCUUCCUGGGCACCAUCUUGGGUUGAGAAUGCAGUUGCUACCUGUCAAAGACUAAACUUAUAUCAGGCAGGUGGGAGCCCUCCGAGUGGGGUACUUUGCUACUCUGCAAAUGUUCUUGAAUAUCAUGGCAAAAGGGCUGUUGUAUGUGUGGAGCUUCAUAUACUAGAUAACGUCUAGCCAUGCCCCACAAAGAAUUGCAAUGCAACGCCAUAUUAAUUUGCUGCCAUAUACACCAUAGUGCUUUGAAAGCAAGAAAUUCCUAGGAGAGAAGUUUCCUGCUUCUUAGGUGUGUGUGGAUUUUUUUAUUUUGGCACUUUUCUUUUUCUCUCCAUACAGUUGAUGCAGUUCUGUUCAAUGUGUAAUUGAAAUUUUAUGCCCCUUUUGUUUUAAUGAGGCUUUUCCUGUGCUCUAUUCUUUCUAUGUGCAAUAUCAAUGCCAUCUAGAUCACUCAUUUAUUUCAAAUUCUCAUUUGGAUAUCUCCAGUUGCCAACAACCCAAUAUAUUGUGGGUUUUUUUUUUUUCGUUUUUUCAUGUCUGAAAUUCACUUGCCACCAUUCUUCUACAGGAACGACGUGUGGCAGCCAAGCAGCUGGAGAUGCAAAAUAAGCUGUGGGUGAAAGAUGAAAAACUGAAGCAACUCAAAGCAAUUGUAACAGAAACAAAAGGAGAGAAGCCUCAACGGCCAUCCCGAGAGAGAGACAGAGAGCCGAAGGUUCCAAUAAGAUCCAUUUCUCCAUCCCCUGUAACUGUAUGUGACACUUUCUAUCUGUUCUGCAUGAUGGUGGGGACAGGUGUGGGCACUUGUGAUGUGUUGCUGCAUGUUCAUGGUCACAUGGUCUAGAGAGGGUGGAGGGUGAUGGUGGCUAACCACUGGUGAGGAUUGUCUGUGCAAACCGUCAUGCUUUUGCAUUCAGCAUUUCCCCUUUCUGUGGUCAUUAAUGUAUUGUCUUGUCCAAAGGUAGGCAGUAUGGCCAAAAACCAUAAUUUGAAACCUGUAAUAAGAUCAGCUAUGUAAUUCCCCUCCUAUGUCGUUUGUAAAAUGGUUCACUCUAGGAACUAUUUUAGAACCCUAAAAAAAAAUUGAUAAAUAUUAUUUAUAUUGAAUGGAAGGUUUACUGACUUUUCCUUCCCAUUUUCUAGCUGAAAUUUAUUUUAAAAGUACAAAGCUAUUGAUCCUUUGGUCCUGGAGCCGGCUGCUGUUGAUGUUCUACAAUAUGUAGCUCCAGAAGGGCUUUGGUCUAUUGUGCAUGAUGUGUGCUGGUUUAGAUCUGUACUCAAGGGUUAACACAUGGCGUAGGCCAGUGCCUACUUUGUAAGUUAUAGUUGCUUCGUCUGGCACAAUGUGGCCUUUUGAUUAGAUAUUUAAUUCAUGAUUGGGCACAAUCUUUGAAGUACUGGCUUCAUACACAUAAGAUGUGUACAAAAAAAACCUUGAAUCGAUAACCCAUUUAACAUGCGAUCCAUGAGACAAACUGCUAUGAAAUUGAUUAAAUGUUGUUCACCCAUGAACCUUUUAUGGGCCAGCACCCCACAAUAUCUGCUCUACACCCAUAUGCUAUACGCUAGGUGUUGUAGGUUGACAUAUGGUUGUGCACACUUCUCUUUUGCCCAUUUUGGAAAGCCAGGUAAGUAUACCUGAAUCCAUGAACUUACUGGUGAUUUGGCCUGGACAUUGUAUAGUUUUGAAUUUGAACAUGAUUUGUGGAUGACAGGCAACUUUAUUGGUCCUUCAGGGGAUGUAGAGAUUACGGUCAACAAUGAAAUCUGCACGCUGGUUUACAGGUCACACUUGUCUUGUAAACUGUCAGUUUGUAUAUGAUCUGUUGCCCUCAAGCAUCAUGUCAUCAGAAACAGUGUUUAACUUACAAUGCAGCCACUAAGACAUGACCGUGUCCAUGUGGAAUAAUUGUGAGAGAACCUCUGGUAUAGAAUAUAUAUAACCUAAUUGAAUUUUGCUUCCCAAGCACUACCAAGCCUUACUAAGCAAACCAGUAACCAACCUCAUGCUGAAGAGUUGCAUUAACAACGAAACAGCUGUCCAUGAGUGGUUCACUGGUUUUGCAUCUUAUCCUAAAUUGUGUUCCAAGCAGUUGUAUACUGCAAACACAAAUUAAAAGGAAUCCAUGUUUAAAAUGGAAUGAGGCAAAAAUGUGAUUCUUUGUUAAACUAAUUUGCAUAUGCCCACCCAGAAUCCUUUGCGGUUGUAACAUCACUGCUGAUUUGGGGUUUCUGUGGGAAAAGCAAGUCUUAUGGCUUGACUGGUGUGCAGAUUUUUGUUUAGCAUUGUAUUAACUAUCCACAUACUUCAGGUGGAAGGGGUUUUCAAUCACAAUUUUUCCCCACCAUAACCUAAUUGAAUUUUGAUAUAUAUAUAUAUAUAUAUAUAUAUAUAUCUCUAUCUAUCUCAAUGUGGUUAUCGUACUCAUAGCAAAUUGGUAAUUGAUAAAUCUCAUAUCAGGAGAGUGUUUGGAAUGUGGGGUUACGUGUUCAUUGUAUUUGGAUUAAUCUUCUGUGGUCUCUCCGGUUGACUGGUUUCCCUAUUCCCUAGUCACUCUACAGUCAGCCUUCCCCUGCAGAGCUGCAGCUGCACAGGCGCUCAAACUCUUGUGAAAGUUUAUCCGUGGCUUCCUGCAUAUCACAGUGGGAAAAGAAAACUCCGCAGCACGAUCCCAUGAGAAACGUGUGCUCCAGCCGCAAGAGGCGGGAGCCAGAUACAGCUAGAAAGUUGAAUUCAGCAGAGAACAUUCCACCAUAUGCAAUGUCCAGCCAGCAGGCAGAGAUAGAAGAGGAUCAAUGUUGCAGGGUUAGUAAGCUUACUGCAGGUGCCAAACACUUGGAAUAACAAGGCUCAAUCAGUCCUGGUUCUGCCGUCCCCUAUGCAAGUGUUAUGAUUUGCCCUGACAGCAUGGUUACUGCAAAUAUGCUUUCAAUGACAAACAUGCACAAUUAGAACACCAUUUGCAUGCUUUUAUAUUCAGCGUAUUGCUGGCUCUAUUCUAACUGGUAUAUUCAGUAACAAACAAAAUGCUGCAGAAAAUACAUUUUAGACUUGUUUUCUGUAAUUGCUUAAAAUUCACAGAAUCAACAUUUCUAAAACCUGCAUUUUGUCAGUUUGUCUCUAAACCAUGAAUUUGGAGACAAAAUGCAUAUUAAAAACCUCUCGCUGUGCAUUCUGAGAUUUCACAACAAAUUGGUCUAUCUCAGUCUCACUAUUGUUAUCAGUUUACAGUGAGCAAGCAGUUACCGAACACACUUGGGGCAUUGCUAACUAAACUGUGAGAUGUAGAAAAUCUACAUGUACAAAUCUUAAAUGUAUAUAUUCCUGGUGUGCCGAUUAAAGACAAAAUGUGUAAAAUAACCAGGAAGUAACAGGACCUGUUAUCUGACAGUCAGGGGGAUGUAACAAUCUCUUUUGAAAUCUGCACAUUUUGUAAAAUGGGAGGACAACGACACAUUUUUGACACUUAAAGCACUAUAGCAAGCUAAGGAGCUUUGUGUUUGAAGUAUACCUUUUAAAGGACAGCUCUGUCUUAAUGCUCUGAUUCUGAUGGCCUCCUUUUCUGGAUUUAGCAACAGUGUAGUGAAUCACAGCCCUGAAGAGACAAAGAUCCCUUCUCCAGUAUUUUUGUGCUGGAGUUUGGGUAAAGUUGUCAGUUCCUACAUAAAACUUCUACAUGCUGUGAGGCAGUGUAUGAAAAAGCUUCCAUUGCACUAUGUAGAACAAAUUCCGAGCCGAUACCACUCAAUUGGCGUUUUGACUUGACAACUUCUGGAUGAAGUUCUGUGUAUAAAAUCCAUGUUGUUGCUAAUAAAUAAAAUAUACCAGAUAUGAAUAUUUAUAACAAUACUAUUUUGUACAAAUUGCUUUUGGACAUCUUCAGUUUUCAGUCCUCAAAUACAUAAUUCUCUAGCCUCGGCCUUAACACCAGGGGUAGAUGUGUGCAUUAAGGAAAUUAGUUGCUUUGCAUGUUAAGAUCAUUGUUAGAUUCUGCUUUCUUAUGACCAAUGCUCAUUUUAUAUGGAAUUGCUUUAAUUGGGGUUAUUCUGUGCAUGGUGCUUUGCUUUAUGUGAUAACUUGUUUGUCUGCAAAAUAUUUAUUUGAAUUCAUACAAAUUGUUUUGGGCUCGAGCAUUCACUCGGUCUGGCCAAAUACAUGAUUGAUGUUGUUUCAGCAACUGUGUAGUCUUUAACGUUGGCUAUAUGCCUUUAAUUGGAUAUUGCAGAAUUAAACUUUUAAAGGCUACCACUGCCAAGCUUUUGCGCUCGAACUGGAUCAGUUUUUUUCAGUGUGUCUUCUCAAGUACACUCCAUGCAUGAAUUCUGUCAGUAUAGUGAUUGACCGCAUAUGGGUUGGUCCAUUGAUGGUAUCUUCACCCCAAAUGUUUGCCAAAUACAGUUCCAAUGAUACUCUGCCACCUCUAUACACUGUAUAUUAGUGAUGGAGAAACAUCUGGGUUGCCAAGACUUACCACCACUGGAUUAGUGUUCCAGCUUUACCUCCCUGAAACCAGAAGUGGUGGGUUACUCGAGGACAGGCAUUGUUAAGCUUCCGAUAGCUCAGGUUUUAUGGUUGCUUGUCUGUCCUGUUCUUGCACCCUGCCUACUCGUAUUUAUUAGUUUCGUGUGUGUAAUAUUUUUUUUUUUGGCUACAUCAGUUGUCUGAAACACAUUUAUUAAGUGAAACUUUUCAGAAUUGAAACCCCCUUUUAUCAAGCCUUUUGAAUGCUCUUGUCCCUGCACUGGAAUUAAUUACUCAUUGAUUAUACUUGUUUGUCUUGAUUUGCUCUCUGGUUCUGCUUAGAAUGUUCAUCUGGUGCAUGCCAGGCACCGCCGCUCUCGUUCGGCCGGGGCGGAGAGAUGGGUAGACCAUAAACCGCCCACUAACGUGGAGACUGAGACAGUCAUGCAGCCCCAUGUCCCCAACGCCAUCAAAGUUGCCGUUGCCAGUGAGAAAGCGCUGGCAAAGUGUGACAAGUAUAUGCUGACACACCAGCAACUGGCUUCGGAUGGGGAGAUUGAGACUAAACUCAUUAAGGUAAUAGUCAUGGGGUAUUGGUGGGAGAGGGUUCCCUUAUACUGUUUAAAAUUUGGCAGAAAUUGUUACCAAAAUGUCCGUAUGAAUUAAAUUGUUUUAACAGAACUAUCUCUAAAUCCUCUUCUGUAUUCAAUGUUUGUAUUUCAUUUGUCUACUGUAGUGAAUUUUUCUUAAUGGAAAUAUACAUUUUACGAUGUGAGUCAUUAUGUGUUUUGUGCGGAUUCUGUCUCUUCUUUUGUCACGUUUUGGUGGUCACUCUGAGGUGUAGGGGAAGAGGUCCAACACCUACCUCAUUAGGCUUCUUAGACUUCUCCAAAUUUCUUCUCAUAGGGUGAUGUCUUCCGAACUCGUGGUGGUGGUCAAGCAGUGCAGUUCACAGAUGUUGAAACACUACGGCAAGAAUCUCCACCAGGAAGCGGGUGAGCCAAGAGCCUAGUCCAAUGGUUAAAGGGACACUCCACUACCAAAAUACAAAAUAAAUUAAAAAUUACUGUUUGGUAGAUAUACACCAAAUGAAAACAUGCAUACUUUUUAUUUUACAUUUUUUUUUCAUUGGGGUUAUAUCUAAAAACAACUUGUGAAAACUGCUGCUUGUCUGCUGUCUUUGCAAACCUGCCUCUUCAAAUCCCUCCCAGACUUUCUGGACCCAUCUAAUCACAGAAUUCCCAAUGCAGCUCAAUGAGAAGUCUUUGCAAGGCAGGUGCUCUUCACACACAAAGCUUUUCCGCAAAUGAGCGUGCUUUAGGGAUGUGGAGUGUCACUUUAAUCUUCACCUCUUAACUUAGAUGCCUGAAUCAGUCCUGAACUUGAAGCAUGCCAUCUGAUAUUUUAUGGUUUUUUUUCCUUCCAGUCGCAAACGCAAAUCCUCCCCAACUAGACAGCCUCAACAGGAAGAAACAGAAUCAGAAUGGACAGACGUGGAAACCAGAGUAAGUUCAAACAUGGUAGUCUUGCAUAGUGACCAAGCCCACCUAUGCUGUGUUUAUGUGAAAAUUGGCCAUGCUGUACCUGGCUAGGACUUUUUAAACCGUGCAUGAGUAUUGUUUAAACUGCCAACACCACAUGUUAAUUAUGCAUGGUUUCAGUAGUAAUGUGUGGAUUUUUGUGUUUUGCUUGAAUCCCUUCUUCAUAGGGACACAGUGAUAAUUAACUUGAAUCAGAUUGCAGUAUGGUUACUGUAGUCUAAUAAAGUAAAACUGUUUGUUUGGUAUGAGGCUUGUUGAUGUGCUUUGUGUGUCUGGAUUCUGUAACUUGUUCUACUCAAUAGUUAAAUACAAUUUAAUGGAGUGUUCCAUUUAAGCUAGAUAAAUACAGAUCACUAUUUUGAUAACUAUGCUGCUCAUGCUACAGGUUCUGACUUAUGCAUUCUGUGCUUGUAAGGUAUGAUCUCUCAGGCUUUUGGUGGCUGGACCAUUGACUUUUAUAUUUUCUUUUUUAAAAUCUUCCUCCUCUCUAGUGUUCUGUUGCUGUGGAGAUGAGGGCUGGAUCGAAUUUGGGUGCUGGAUACCAGCACCAUGCAAUACCUAAGUAAGUGACCGCUUCAAUUAAUUUUAAGUUUUAGUAAGAGGUUGGGAAUUAUUUCUUAGUGCACACAGUCACUCCCCCCAUCUCUAGUUUGUGUACUCACACAACCAGUCUCCAUUCUAGAAUUCUAUGUUGGAAGCCUGAACAGAAUCAUAUGUAGCCUGAUUCCUUCUAUAAGAAGACCUGCUAUAUGUAAUCUAGCUACGAAAAUAAACUUUGCAUUGAAAUUCUCAUUCCGUUAAACAUUCUUGAAGGCUUGUAUUUUAACCAAUACAACCUUGUAUUUGUUUAUAUUAUUUGUCAACACUUAGGAAUUCGAAGCACAAUAUAGGGAAUAAAUUAUUUUAUUCCCCAGUGGCUAUAUGUGUACACAUUCUAAAAUCGCCACGUGCAGCUAGGACACCCCUAAAUAUUGAAAAUGUUCGUCAAAUGGCAUCUCUUCAACUGUUUCUAUCCGUCGUCAUUCUGUGUAAUAAUUCUGGAAGUUGUAGUGACCAGAGUUUUUUUUUUUUUUAUCAUCGGAUUACAUAUAAAGGUAACAGGUUGGUUCAUUUAUAAUGCGUUUUUAUAUUCUUCUAGACGCCGUAAACCUUGAAGAUCUCUAUUUUGUGAAUUCUUCCCUUCCCUGUACCAUCUGAAGCCUCUGCGGAGCCAAUUUGUAUAUAGUGUGAGGAGACGCACUGUGUAAAUUGCACAGCUGGCCUGCGUGACGAACGUUCUACUGUAUCUGCUCACACUUUCAUGUUUUUAAUGCUAGACAGUCUGAACUGUUAUGCUGCUGACAAUUCUACUCCUAUUUUAUGAAGUCACCAGUAUCUAUGGACAGUGGGAUAUUGAACUGUACUUUAAUAUGCUUUUUUCUACAUUAAACAUGAACAUUUUUUAGUAUCUUAAAAAUAUAUAUUUCUGGUCAUACUGUUAUUUAGAAAACUGCUGCUAUUCUCUUAGUAGCAACAAUGCACUUUACCAAAGCUUUUCAUUUUGUGUACACACCAAGUAUAUUUAACACGGAGCCCUGUCUAUUGCAACUGAAUACCUUACUAACUAAACUGCAGUGGAAUCUGGUAACUGGUUGGUUUUAUACAAGCUAGUUUUAGUAAUUUGUGAAUAAACUUUAAAAGUCUUUCAUGACCAUGCGUGGUGUUGCUGAGUUUGCAUUGUACAAGUCACUGUUGGAAAUGCAUUAAUGUUAGUACUGAAUUCUAAGUACCCUAAACCCCCAGGAUGAAGACAUUUCACACAUUUUAAUGAAGAGGGCACUCGGUGAGGGUGGUGGUGGGGAGGGGGCAAUGUAAUUAUGC